AUGGUCAUGGGUGAAUCCCGGAAUGGCCAUCGUGAUGCCGCUGCCGACGCCGAGAUGGCCUCCAUGCCAACCACCGACAGCGGCGGCGCCGGCGGCGGUCCGUUAGAAAACAACACCACCGCCUUUCUCGUCCGAGCCGUCGCCGCCGGUUGGCAGAAAUGCUCCGUGGUAGCCGUCGACGCCGGCGUCCACCUCGCCGCCAUCGUCCAAAUCCUCGAAUCCACCCAGCCCGCCAACCUCGCCUCCCUCCCUCUCCCCCACACCCUCGAGAGCGGCCCCUUUGCCGGUUUCCAGGUGCACUCUGCCUCCACCCGUGUCAACGCCGCCCACAUUGCCCGCUCUCUCGUCGACACCUACCUCAUCACCCAUCCUCACCUGGACCACAUCGCCGGUUUCGUCGUCAACACGGCCGGCGUCCCCGGCGGACCCCGGCCGAAGCGCCUCGCCGGCCUGCCUGCCACCAUUGACGCCUUUAAGCAGCACAUCUUCAACAACGUCAUCUGGCCGAACCUCUCCGACGAGAACGGCGGCGUUGGCCUGGUGACCUAUACUCGCCUGGUCGACGGCGGUAGCCCGGCUAUCGGAGAAGGUGAUGCCAGGGGGUACCUCGAGGUCGCCGAGGGCCUCAGCGUAAAAGCGUGGUCCAUUUCUCACGGAACCGCCAUAGAACCUCUUCCUCCCCACCGCAACUCUCAAUCAUCCGCCACUAGUACUCCUGCUCGACACGCCUCUCUCGAUGCCUCUUCUUCCAUGCCCUCCCAUUAUACUCAAACAUAUCACCCCUACGCGCAGCAGCAGCAGCAACAACAACAGCCGCACCACCACCACCACCACCACAACAACCACCAUCACCACCAACAACAACCCCAACCACACAUCCCCCCACGCUCCCAUAACCAUAACCCCCCCGCAACACCCCAACCCCGCACCGCCUCCUGUCCCUUUCUCAUUCAACAACAACAACAACAAGCCAACUUCCUCGACGCACCCCCGCCAGCGCCGCCCCCUCCCGUCUACGACUCGACAGUCUACUUCCUCCGCGACACCACCACGGGCUCCGAGGUCCUCAUCUUCGGCGACGUGGAACCAGACGCCCUGUCCUCCUACCCGCGCAACCUGGGCAUCUGGAAAGAAGCGGCCCCCAAGAUCGCCCGGGGCGCCCUGCGCGCCGUCCUCAUCGAGUGCAGCUACGACGACAGCCAGAGCGCCGACCGCCUGUUCGGACACAUGAAGCCCAGCUUCGUGAUGGACGAGCUCCGGACCCUGGCGCGGGAGGUCGACGUCCUCCGGUGUCUGUGGAAUGCGGGGUCGUCUUCUGAUUCGGGCCUCGUUGGGAAGGAGGCCGCCCUAGCAGCAGCAGCAGCAGCAGCAGCCACAACAACAACAACAGCAGCAACAGCAGCAACAACAUCAGCAGGAAGAGGAGGAGGAGGGCUUGACAGUCUGAAGAAACGCAAGAGGCUCCAGGUCGAUUGUGACGCCCCUUCCCGGCGGAAGACGGGGCCUGUUUUCAACAGUGGCGGCUGCGGCGGCGGCGGCGAGGGGGUCAAGGGGGUUGAUAGCGAGGCGGUGAGUCCCAAGACGGUGCGGAGUCGGUUCAAUUCGCAGCAGGAUGACGGGGUCGGGGUCCCCCAGCAGCAGCAGCAGCAGCAGCAGCACUCGCUACCCGGGACACCACAUCUCGCCACGCCGACGGCCGAGCUCUCGUUGAAGGAUGUGGUUGCGCGGGAUCUUGAACUGGCGUCUCGUUCCCAUUCGCCUUCGCCGCGGCAUUCUUUCGACGACGGUAGGGAGACGGGGGAGCCGAAUGCCGCGGUAUCGGGGACCACGACGAGGCCGCUCGAGGGUGUCAAGGUGAUCAUUAUCCAUGUCAAGGACAAGUUGGAUGGUGUUGAUCAAGGGGCUAGGAUUCUGAAGGAGUUGCAGGCGCAUGAGGACGAGGCGCAGACUGGGGUAGGGCAGGCAGAUGGAAACUGGACGUGGUUCAACGGGACUCGGCGAGCCUGGAGUUUUGCGUUUUUGCUUUGCGGUUUGGUUUCGGUGAUUUGA